AGACGUAGAAGAAGUGAAAAACAAAGACGAGUUUAGUGAAAUAAAUCCCAGAAAUUCUCCUUAAAUAUACCGUAAAUAUGGCAGAAACCGAGGCUGCCCCGUCGAAAUCCUUUGCCGAGAAGCAGGCCGAGAGGAUGGCCCGCCUGAAGAACCUGCACACACAACGCAACGAAGCGCGGGUGUCGAAUCACCGAGAAGUGGUGGCCGAGGACGAACGGAAGAAGCUGCCCGCAAACUGGGAAUCGCGGAAAAAGCAAGCCGAAUGGUUAACAGACGAUCUGGCGGCUCGCGAUGUGGCUGAAUCCCGGGGCUUGGACUAUAACCGGGUGAAAUUGCUGAACGUUUCGGCAGCGGAAGCCGAUCGGAUAGAUAAGCUGAAGGCCAAGAAGAAGAACGCAGAUCCGGGAUUCUCCGAUUACGAGGCCCAAACGGCCCGGCAGUACAAUCGGCUGGUGAAAAAUCUGCCCCCGAGGGAUCUGGUGAAGUACGAAGAGCAAAAGGAGAAGUACGGCGAAGCGUUCUACGGUGGACCGAACGUGAUACUCCAGGGAAUGCACAAGGACACUCCCGCUGCCAUCGAUAACAUGGUGAAGGAUCUCGAGGGACAGAUUGCCAAGCGGAAGAAGUUCUCGCGCCGUCGUACGCACAACGAUGAUGCGGACAUUGACUACAUCAACGAGAAGAACGCGCGAUUCAACAAGAAGCUGGAGCGAUUUUACGGCGAGCAUACGGUCGAGAUCAAGCAAAACUUGGAGCGCGGAACGGCCAUCUAAGUUUCGCUUUGCUUUUUAUGUAAAUUCCAUAACCCUUAUCGAUAACAGUACAAUAUUUUAAUAAAGCUCAUCAACGAUAAGGACUCGUA